AUGAUGCUUCUUUCCGUUUUGCUUGUGGCGGCUCUUGCUAGCGCAAAGUGCUUUGAGCCCUCAGUCGCCCAUCCACUGCCUGAGUAUGACCCUAACGAUCCUCUGCUGCAGAGUGCAUUCGAAUCCAUCGGCACAGCACUCACGGUAGCUGUCGCAGCACCGGAAUAUGCCUCAACCUCAUUCUCCGUGGAAAUCACGUCGUCGAAGGAGUCGCUAUGGUCCCACCACCAUACAGCCCGCGAGCGAAACACUUCACGCCCAGAUAUAGAACGAGUCAACGGCGACGCCCUCUACCGCAUCGCAAGCAUCACCAAGGCCUUCACAGUUUUGGGCAUACUGUAUCAACACGAGGCGGGAAACUUGAGCUUGGAUAGCACCGUAAACAAGUAUAUAGAGGAGUUGGGCGAAAAGUCCGAGGGUGGGGUUCCGUGGAAGGACAUCACUUUGCGGAGUCUUGCUAGCCAGCUGAGCGGCAUACCGCGCGAGUUUGCUCAGGGCGAUUUGAUAAACUCGGAUAAGUGGGUCCUGGAUCCCCAGCAUCUUGGCUUGCCGCCUGUGUCGAGAAAAGGAUUGAUCAAGUGUGCUGAGUACUCGCCGAACUAUGAGACACCCUGCACUUUGCAUGAUCUUCUGGACGCACUCAGGUCGAAAGCGCCACUUUUCGCACCAAACCAGAAGUCGACAUACUCAAACAUAGCUUUCGAGCUUCUUGGCCUCGUGAUUGAACGAGUGUCGAACCAGAGCUUCGAAUCAUACAUCAACGAGGCCGUGUUCAAACCACUGAACAUGUCUACAAGCACCUUGUCUCUACCACCCGACUCCGCUGGCGUUAUCCCUUUGGAGCCCCAGUACUGGGACGCCGACGAAGGCAUUCAAUCGCCCACGGGCGGAAUAUACAGCUCCACGAGCGACUUGUCGAAGUUUCUCCGCUACAUACUGCAGCAAUUCAACGCUAUAACUCACGCGAUAAAUUGGAUACACCCUGUUUCGCCAUCUCGCGGCCUGCAUUCUUUCUACGGGAUGCCUUGGGAGAUUUUCCAGACGGACCGCAUACUCAAGGAUUCGAAGCGAACGGUGCGCUUCAUUACAAAAAGUGGUGGCCUGCCGGGAUACACAAGCAUUAUCAUGACAAUACCGGAGUAUGAUCUUGGCAUCACCAUCCUGCUAGCUGGCCCACCAUACUUUUUCUCCAAGAUCCAAGAAAUUGUAACCGUGGCUAUUGUUCGUGCGGCCGAAGAACUCUCUAUCCGCCAACUUAACAAACGCUAUACAGGGACAUACGCAUCCACAAACUCAAGUCUGAAUUCCAGCAUGACUCUCGCAUCCGAUCAUCGCGGCCUCGUCAUCACGAAAUGGAUAUCGAACUCCACAGAUGUCCUAGAGACUGUUGGUAGUAAGCUUCUCAUGCUAAAGCAUUGGUAUGCACAGCUAGUUCCUACACUCCUUUACCGCGAAGAGAAAGGGCAAAAAGGAGAAGAGUGGCGGGUCCAGGUCAGUGAAGAAAGGAGUGAGGGUGUGGGCGAGAUAUGGGACGACUUCUGCAUGACGAACAUUGAUGGCCCACUGUAUGCAGGUGUAGGGUUUAACGAGCUUGUAUUCUGGGAUCAAGGGAAGGAGGGAACAUUUAGGAAGUUGGAAUUAAGCGCAUUUAGGGCAAAUCUGACGAGGGUGGAGGACGGAGACGAUGGGUUCUCGCAGGAUGAAGAGGAGGUCUUGGAACUUUGA